CAGAGCAUAGAGCAAUCAAGAAGGCACUUGGCUUGGCGUCGUAUUUGGUGAUUGUAGUGUUGUGUUCAAGCUAACUCUUGCAGGUUAAUUAAAACGUUUUUAAACGUUUUACUUUUCUCUUUUUUCGGUGUUUCAAUAAAGGCCUCAAAAUUAAUCCCUCAGCGAAAAUGUCUAUUGGUAUACCAAUAAAAAUACUACACGAAGCCGAGGGUCACAUAGUGACCUGUGAAGUGGUUACAGGCGAAGUCUACAGAGGAAAACUUAUAGAAGCGGACGAUAAUAUGAAUUGCGAGAUGUCAGCUUGCUCAGUGACCUAUCGCGACGGAAGAGUGACCCAAUAUGAGCACAUUUAUAUUAGAGGCUCAAAAAUUAGAUUCUUGAUACUUCCAGAUAUGUUGAAGAACGCCCCAAUGUUCAAGAGACCGGGUUCCAAAGGACAUGCUUCAGCCGGCAGAGGAAAGUCUGCGAUAAUCAGAGCUCAUGCUCGUGGAAGAGGUAGAGAGGGUUUCUCCGGCGGUCAUCGUCCGCAGGGCAGAGGAGGAUGGCAAGGGGGACGAGGAGGCAGUUCUAGAGGAGGCGGAGGAGGAGGGGAAGGCCCAUCGCGCCGUUGAAACUCUUCCACUCUAAUUUUCAACUUUUCCAUUUUUGUAUACAUCAUGACUGUGUAAACCUGUACGAACUUCAUUGACCUCAAAUAUCGUUAGUAUUGUCAAAUAUCCUCUAAAUAUCUUUUACUAUCGUCAAGUAUCGUAUGUAUUAAGUAUCUUUAGAAACAUUCGUCUAAUAAAGUAUUGUAAUGUAAAAUUUA